GUUGCCUUGCCUUGCCCUCGUUCUUCUCCUGAUCGCUUUUGGAGUUUAUGACCUCAUGGCUGAUGCACCGGACAUUUAUUUUAACUAGUGCUCUGCCCGGCAGCGCUGUUACUCUGGCCAGCUGUCUUCCAAGCAUUCGCCCUUGUUUCAUCUUAUAUUAAGCUCAUCUUCCCUUGCCUUACACCGUACUAGCUUGCUUAGCUACCGGGUCCGGUUGUUGGCCGACGAACGCUACGCCAUCUCCGCCCCUCCCUUUCCUUCUCCUGGAUUGCUUACGAGGAUGGCCUUGGUGUAUAGAUAGGGGAUCAGGGGUAUUGCUGUGUGAUAGGCUUGGAUUGCACACGAAAGGGCGGUGUAUGUGUGCCUGCGACCACUGACCGGGGUGGCACAUCCAGCUAGCUACGACCAUGGAGAACAAUCCUGCCAGCAUUCUACUGGUAGACAAUACCUGCCCUCGCGUGCGGCCCUCCGACGAUGAAGCGCUUUCCCAGACCCCGACCGCUGCGGAAGUAUCCCGACGUCUAUCGCGACGGCUUACCAGACCGUCGGUGCGAGGAGAACUAGCGAGACGGAAGUAUGCGAAAUGGCAGCCCCAUCGACUGGGGAUCACGGAUGACGGUGAUCCAGACCCGGAGAGGAGGCCGAGCGAGGGGCGGGACUUGGCUUUGACGGAUACAGCGACCAACACGGUGGGAGGGGCACCGAGUCUCGCGACCACCUCCUCGCUGCCGACGAACGAACCGCUCGAUUCCAACCCGAUCGAUUUCGCCCCCUCUGCGGAUCCGGCCGAGCAAGGAAGCGAUGGCCGUGAUAGAUCCGGGUCCAGGUCCGCAUCGAGGACUGCGGCUGCGUCGGGCCCCGAGUCUCAUGCGGUUGGACUCAAGCCUGGCACCGACCUGGAUAUUCUCUACGAGAACCAGCGCGGUUGGUUUCUGUGCGGGAUUCCGCUGUACUCGCACCGCUCGCUGCUGAACUUCGACCCGGCCACCUGGGUGACCCAUGACUUCAGGGACAGUCCCGUCAACAUCACCAAUGCGCAGCUGCCGGACCCCAGUUGGGAGUGGGCGUGGCGAAGAUGGUACGUGGACAUGUCGGGGGACGUGGACGACCAGGGCUGGCAAUAUUCGUUCUCCUUCAGUUCGUCGGCGUGGCAUGGGUCGCAUCCGUGGUUUCAUUCAUUCGUGCGAAGGCGCCGGUGGGUGCGGCUGCGGGUGAAGCGGGUUUCGGAGAGAAGCCGUCGGGAUCGUACAGGACUGGAAAUGGCCCAUAUGCUCAACGACGACUAUUUCACCAUCCACACGGGGAAGAAAAAGCGCGCGUCGAGCUCGGAGCGCGCAUCACGGGUGACCUCGGGAUACCUGAGCCGGGCCACGACCAAGGUCGAGGAAGAGGCUCCUUUGGAGGAGAUUGGGAAUAUUCCCAGCUUGAUGCAUGCCCUCAAAGUGGCGAUCGUGGACCGCGAGAAGAUCGAUGCGUUGAGACGAUUCGUCGAGGAAGGCGGCCCCGAGCUGUAUUAUUUGGAGGGACAGAUCCCCGAUAUCAUGCCCAUGUUCGUCUUCCAGGCCUCGCGAUGGCAGGUUCUCACGCACUUCGUCAGUGUCAUCGACGAACUGACCUCGAAAAUCCCCGAGGUCGGCGAACGAGAAGCCGAGGAACUACGCCGCAAGAAGGAGUACCUCACGAAGGCCGUAGAGAGCGCGCGACACCAUCUCAGGGGACCCGAAGUCGUCAGUGCUCGACGCCGAUCAUCGGCCCCGGAGAUGCUGGAUUUGACCCCCGGUCCGAAGAAGAAAGGCCUGCUAUCCAAGUACUUGGGGAAAUUCUCGUUCAAGCCCAUGGACGACGGAGGACCCAUCAGGGGAAUACCGAAGGGGGCUGAAAUUGGCAAGGAAGGUCAUAUUUAUCAAUAUUCGUCCUGAUCCUUUCUUUCCUUUUUUCCCUUUUUUCAUUUUUUUAUAUUUUUCCUCUUUUGUUUGCGUUCUGGCUCGGUUCUCGGGACUUGAUACCCAUGCUCGUUUUGUGUCCAGUUCAAGGCUUCGGAGUGACUGGUGUAGUCUGUCAUUGGCAACGACUGUAAUAGAUAAUUCAAUCAUUUGGC